CGAACCAAUCAGUGGAAAGACUCGUGAAAGUUCUCUUCACACAUCAUAACCGCAAAUGAUAUUCGAAAGUGUCUAAUAAACAAAGAUAGUUAACUAUAUUACACAAGUGAGAAAAAGGGAAAAGACUCAUGCCGCAUUCAAGUUUUUUUUUUUAUUCUAAAUUGUCCCGUUUUUAUUGAAUACAUUGGAUCUAUUAAUCUUUUUUUAAAUGAUUUUCUCAUUUUAGAGAUUUAAAAGAUGACACAGGUAAAAAAUGAAAUUAGUGAUAUAAAGAAGUAUUUGAACAAAAUUUAAAAUGACAACGUCUAUAAAUAUUUUGAAAACAAAUCACGUUUCAUUGCAUCCAUAGUGUUGUGAACGUGCCUUGACCAAGAAGAUUAUUCUGCGCCGGAUUUUGCGCAAAGAUUUAAGAUCAAAGUCGCCAUAUUGGUAACUGUCUAAUUCAGAAAUUUAAGCAAAGCAUUCAAAAGAAGUGUUUAUCUUCUGCAAAAGUGAUCACUGCUGAACUUACAAAGAUGUCAGUAUUAAAUCAAAGUGGAGAGGAGCAGGUCGAAUGUCCAUUAUGCAUGGAACCACUUGAGGUUGAUGAUCUUACAUUCUUUCCUUGUACCUGUGGUUAUCAGAUCUGUCGGUUUUGUUGGCAUCGAAUUCGUACUGAUGAAAAUGGUUUGUGUCCAGCGUGCCGUAAGGCUUACUCUGAGGAUCCAGCCGAUUUUAUUCCACUAUCUCAGGAACAGAUGGCUAAGCUGAAGGCCGAGAAACGCCAGCGCGACCAACAGCGCAAAGCGAAGCUGACGGAGAGCAGGAAACACCUGGCCAGCGUUAGGGUAGUACAACGUAACUUGGUGUUCGUGGUAGGACUGCCGAUGAGAUUGGCAGACCCGGAAGUGCUGAAACGCCAUGAGUAUUUUGGCAAAUUUGGAAAGAUACACAAAGUGGUGAUCAACCAAUCGACUUCGUAUGCUGGCUCCCAAGGACCCAGUGCAAGUGCCUAUGUAACUUAUAUGAAAAGUGAUGAUGCUUUAAAGGCCAUACAAAGUGUCAAUAAUAUAACUAUUGAUGGUAGAGUGAUUAAAUCAAGUUUAGGUACUACGAAAUAUUGUUCACAUUUUAUGAAGAAUCAAACUUGUCCUAAGCCAGAUUGUAUGUACCUUCAUGAUUUUGGAGAUCCGGAGGCCAGUUUCACCAAGGAGCAGAUGCACGCUGGAAAACACCAAGAAUACGAAAAGAAACUUCACGAAAACCUACUCUUCCGCGUGGCCAAUAGCAACAACCAGACCAAUACCACAGAGGCCAAUCCGAAAUCGGCUAUUCCCAUACCGACCACGAACUCCUCCUCCACGUUCAAAUCAUCUUCCAAAGAAAACGUCAGCGCGCCGCUGUCGAGCAGCGUCAGCAGCAGUUCGAGUACAACAUCCAAUAGUAGUGGUACGAAUAAGGAGAAUUGGCCGCAUCUGAAUAACGGCGACAAAGAAAAAAAAGAAAAGGAGAAGGGAAAAAAGACGAAAGGUAAAGGAAGUGGAGGGGACGGUGGUAGUAGGAAACCCGAUAGGAAGGAAGCGUAUAGUGGACGGAAUGACGUUGGAAUGAAGUUGGAGAAAGGGUUUGGAUUAGGAGAAAAACAAGAAAAGACCUCGUCGCCGUCUCUAAGCGAAUCAAGCGCAACACCGUCCCCGCCGUCGUCAACGGAACCACACAUUUUAUUGCCACUAUCGAAAUUACCUCCGAUCGUGGACGACAACACGAGCUUCUUCUCCAUGAAUCCCUUUCAGAAAAUCACACACGGCGGCCAUGCUGCUCCAGAUCACACAGAAAGUGACAGUGAAACACAUCCUUCUAGCAUAUUGACAGAUACUUUACCAAAUAUUAAUACGACUGAAGACUGGGCGGCGGCGUUUGGGUUUCCUAGAACUUCGGAAACCGGUGCAGGUAAAAGAGAAGAAAAGGAUACAUUAGAUUCGUUUAGGAAAGGUUUUGGUGGUAUGAACCAUGAUACAGGAUAUAGUAAAGGAAUAGAACCGUUCAACAAUGGCUUUUAUGAAAUGCCCUCCAAGGCACAAGAAAAUAUAAUAGAUAUGCUCUCUGGCAAAGCUCCCCCAGUGUAUCACCCCCAAUAUAAGCAGCAAACUCAUCCUCAGGCUACACCUAUUCCUAAUCACACGCACAAUGGUCUAAACGGCCUCGAUCAGAAUAUGUCAAAGUUCUUCAUGGAAUUCCACAAAAAUAAUAAAGAAAUGAGUACAACAGGACAGCCGCCGCAACAACAGCAACAACAAUUCAACGGUUACAAUGGCGUGCAACAAGGCUAUUUCUCAGGUUUGCAAAACAGUACCGAUAGGAUAAUGUUAUUACAACAGAAACAAUUAGAAGAACAGCUUUUGAAUCUUAGUUUAAAACAAGGAUUUGGCGGUAGUUCAAAUUCGUUAUAUCAAAAUGGAGUUAAUGUUAAUUUAUAUAUGAAUGGAGAGAAUGGAGGAUUUGGUAAUCUACAAGGGCCGCAAUAUAAUAAUAGUUCGUCUAAUAAUGUCAAACAGACAAGUAGAAGUUCGGAGGACGAUUUAGGUUUUGAUCCGUUUCAAGAAACCCAAAAGGCUUUUGCAGAUUUGAUGGUUAGCGAACAGAAUCAAAAGUCACACAGUAGUAUAGGUCGUAGUCAAAUUAAUGGGGUUAAUCUCAAUCAAAACGGCCAUCUGCCUCCACCACCUCCUGGUUUCGUACAACCAAAUUCACAUAUGAAUUCGUUUGGUAGUAAAAUUUUACCUUAUCUAAAUAUGUCUAAUAGUCAACAACAAAUCAAUAGUUCAACACAAAAUAAUUGGCCUAGUAAUUUUAAUUCCCAUGUGCAACAGCAACCACAGAAAAACCUAAACAACACAUGUAAUGAUUGGAAGGUAUUAGAUCCAGCAAUCCUAUCUUCUAGCCGUCAUUAUCCGUUAGCAAAUAUGCCCCAAAUUAGAGAUCACUAUUCAAAUUUAUCACAACUAGGUACACAACAACAGAUACAGAACGGCGGAGCGCCCUCGUUGAGGCCAUACGAAUACACAAAUAGCGCAUUCUCAAAUUUCACACAACAACUACAACAGCCAAAUUUCAAUAACUUUUCACAUAUAAAUUCGCAACAGAAUCUGAAUUGGUUUAGUAACGAUUUAAAUUCACAGAUAUCCAGUCCACCAGGCUUCAGGAAUAAUCCAGCAACCAAACAGCAGGAAUGUUAAUUAAGGAAUUUUUUUUUGAAAAAGUAAAUCGCCAUGUAUGGGUCUCAAUUUAUUUUAAUAUUUAAAUAAAUCGGUUUCAAAAACUUUUGUCUUUUUUCCAGAGGACACGGCCGUCGAAUUUUGUUUGACAUUUCUUCUUUUUUGUUUUCUUAAAAAAAGAUCGUUGCUUUUAAGACAAUAGAAUUUCCUGAUUUUUAUUUUCAGUGUAUAUUAAGUUCGCAAAUUUGAGAAUAGGCAUAUAUAAAACUUUAAAAAGUAUUUAAAGAAGGAAAUCGGUUAAUAGACUAUUGAAAGCAAUGUGAUUUGAUAAAAGUCCGUAUUGACAUCGAUAUUUUUGUCUUUGUGGAAAAAUUGUACUAAAUUUUUUUUUAUUAAUUUCAAUAGACUGUUGACACAUCUUUUUUUUAUUUAUAGAAAAUAUCUCCUAAUUUGCGAAACUUAUUUUUGAAAAACCAAUUGCUACAUUUUACACAAUGGGAUAACUAAUAAACAAAAUAUAUAUAUAUUUUUUUUUUCGAAAUUUUAUAAAAUAUUUAAUUUUUUAUUAAAGAGUUGAAGUGAUGCAAUUAACGUAAACGUGAGAAUUGAUACGCAUAUGUGGUCAAAUAUUCUUUACGUCUAGGAAUCUGUUAGUUUAAGGCAAAAAUUACCAAGAUGAGACAAUACAUUCAUGUUUCAAAAAUAUCGCUAUUGGAGUGUUAACGAUGUUUCCAAAUUAAUGCGUAUAUAAUUAAUAAUUAUAUUUCAUGAAGACUGCAUUUGAAUUAUUAAAAAAGCUCAAAAAUGUUUAAAAAGGAACAUCCUAAUUGAACAGACUAUACAACCAUAAAAUUUGAAUAAAAUCUCCACAAGAAUGGAAAAACUUUAUUAAAUAAUAUAAUGUUUACUCAUUUUGUUCAACAGCUGGCUCACAACAAUGCUCUCGUUAGAAAUAUCCACGUCAUACUUCUUUCAAAUGAUUGAAACGACACUAGUCUGCGUGAAUUAAAGAUUUCUGGAGAUUUUACACCAUCUACCUCCUUAACAGAUGUUUGUAAGUUGUAUCUAUAGGACUAUGGGCUUACGAAUUUUUUAUUAAUGCAUCACAUUCCACUUUUACUACCAAAUGUUUCCAUUUUAUUAAUAAAAAUUAGUAGCACCAAACAAUGAAAAUCAGACUCGUACUAGUUGACACAAAGCAUAACUAUUAAAAUCAAUUAUUGAGAAAAACAUACUACAUAUGAGGGCUUCUCUUAUUAUUCUUACUCUUUAUUUAAGAUUAAACACUUACUGUAAUUAACAAUCUUUUUAAAUAACUGGAAAUUCCAAUGAAAAUAAUGAGAUUUUGUUUAUUCGAAAAUCUUGAUUUACAUUUAUUACGGGAAGUUUAUGGGAAAAAUCCAUAAAGAUUCUAAAAUAUGGACGUAUUGUUCGCCAGGCGCUCUUCUUUGUUCGGCGAUAUUUUUUUUAUGCAUGGUCCUAUUAUACCUUGUCUAAUUCCUUGUAAAAUAUAGGGUCCGCAUUUAGAUUUCCGUACCCGUAUAUUUUUGUACGUUAACGUACUGCAAACAUUUCAACACUUUAUUAAAAUAAUUAAAUUAGCACUAAUUGCCUUUGUGAUAUUCUAUUUCUAGAAAAUGAAUUACUUUUACCUCUAGGAAAUGAUAGGAAAAUUUAUAUAUUAGCUUGAUUUGUUACAAUUUUUGUGUAAAAAGUACAAAUUUAGUCUUCCUUCAUUUCAUGAGCUACUUAAUUUUCUAAACUAGUUUUAUGAAUCGUUAUUAUAAAAAUGUACGAACAUUUAUUAUUUCAUGCAAUUAUACAUUUUAUCUUAUGUUGGUUUGUGAAAUUUUUAUUUCUGCCUACCGGGUGACUUGUUAAUAUUUAAAAAAAUUCGUUUGUAAUUACACAAAUUUCCUUUUUGAAACUCUUGCACCAUACAGAUACUCGCCCCUUUGAAACAUUCACGUCUUCGUCGAUUGCUUUCAUUCUCUCAAUUUUAAUAUAUAGACCUUGAGACAAUCGUGUAACUAGGGUCUGGCAGCUAAUUAUCGAAAAACAAAUUAUUUUAUUUCCCAAUUUAUGGCCAGUUGUGCAGCUAGAUGUAUUACUCUAGUGUUUCUCUUUGCGAGUUCUACUGGUAUUAUUUAACCACUGCCGUGUGACUAGCAGCGCGGCGAUUUGACCUGUUCCACUGUUUUUACCCUUAAUUUUUAAUAAUACAUAUGCUGCUGCUAAAAUUUCAAGCUAAUUGGACUGGUAAUUUUAUUUACCACCGGCCUAAUUGUUAUUACAAAGUUUAAUAAUCAACGCUGCUGAUCUCGCUACACCCUUACCAGGCAUUUCUACUAACCCUUUUAAAUUCAAUCUGAGGUUUUGCGCCUCCUCCAAAAGAUGGGAUAUACCUAACACUCUACUAGUUUAUUUUGUUUCUAAGAACCGUUAUAUGUUCCUAAGCGGCAGUUCAAAAUACGGCUCUACUUUUCACUUUAUUUUUUAUUAAAGUUACGAUGUUGAACGACAGACUAGUAAUCUUGGUGUGGAAGUAUUCUGAUUAAAAAUAUAGUGCCAUCUGCAGUACUCACAUGUCCAGUUUUUAACAUCUGAAGUUGAUUUCUCCAUAUUUUUCUAAGUUACUUUUGUUUCUCCUCCAAAAUUUGUAUUUAAGUACAUAAUAUGAAACAAUUCAGUAUUGCCACAUCCUCAAAUUUUGGCAGCAGCCGUUGUUGAAAUAGUGAAUUAAUUUUGAGCCAUGUACAAGUCUGAGGUUAGAUUUGAUAGGUCAGGUUUUAUCAACUUUGGAAGUCAUUCAAAGUUUAGAUGACUGAUCAGAAUUUCAACCAAAGUCAUGGCAUAUUCUCACAGAAGUAUCAUGAUUUUUCUUGAUGACUCCUUAUAAAAAUGCAGAGUAGUCAAUUAGGUUUAACUUCAUCAUUCCAACUUGUAAAAUUAUUUUAAACUUUAAUGAAGGAAUCCUCUAUUUUCUUAAAAGUUCUUUCUUUUUUAUUUACAACUGAUUAUAAAUAUAUAUUUUUCGUAGAAAACUGUUGAAUCUUUAAUGCAUGCAAUUAAAAAAAUAAAAUUAUUAAUUUCACGCAUAUUACUAAAUCUCACGAGUCACUUUAAAAGGAUGAUUAAUUUGAUUUUGGUUUAUGAUGUAAAUUAAUAAAUAUUUGAUUUUCAAUAAACUUAAAUUACUGGGUGAAAUGAGACAUUUUCAAACAAGAUGAAAAUGGUUUCUUUUUCUUCUUACCUUUGGUGGUCAGAUUUAGUUCCGUGCUUUGUGCAAUAUUUAGUCAUGCAAAGAAAAUUUUAGCAGAGUUUAAAAAGAAAGUUGAACCCAUACCAUGUUAAUAUAUUUUAUUCGAUAUAAGUACUCAAAGUGCUUUGUUUCUGUUGAAAAAUAAUUGUGGAUGUUUGGCCACAUAUUUCAGAAGACAAGUGAAAACUAAUAUUAUAUUCAUUUGAGUAUGAGAUAAAACCAGC